UCACGGCCGGUCGGUCGUCGGACGGCCCUAUAACAUACAAGCCUUUCUCGACGCUCACGAUGAUUAGUAUUUCCGAAAGUAUUAUGCGUUUAGGCGAGAGAUGAUCUUGCAGAAUACGCCAAGAGUAUUCUAUACUUUUCAUCAACAAUUUUAAAUAAAAUAUACCAAAAUUGAAGGUGAUAUUACCCUACGUUGAAUUAGCACAAUUCAUAAGAAUGGAUAGGCAUACCCAUAGAUAUCGACCAAUUCGGUGUCAGGGUUGAAAGAAGUUGGACCAAUCGUGAUCGCGCUAUACUCGUUUAGUUAAACAAUUACACUGUGUUGUUAUUUGUUUUUGCAUAUUCAAAAACAGAUGAAGCAUAUGAGCUUUAUAGUUUCGACGAAGAGGUAGAAUAUGUUUGUUUAUUUUCUAAUGUUGUUAAUUCGGGUGAUAAAUUCAUUUUUUGAAUAAAAAAUGACCCGGCGCGGGUAUCUUGUGCAUUGGGCGAACUAUUUUGUAAUACCAGCCCGGUAUCAGCAUAACCUCUCAGUGUCGUUGCAAAUGCGGUUGCAAUGCCUGUUAGAUGUGUUAGAUGGAGAGAAAUAUAACCUCAAAAAGGCCAACACCGAAUUAUGUAUUAUAUCACCUAUAAUACUGAAUGAUAAUUCAUAAUUUUUGAUUUGUUAGGAAAUAAACGCUUUAAUUUAUCGAAAAAAGUGUAAAAAUGACGUGGGUUAACAGAGUAUCUAAACUUUUUCAACCGUCGAUUGUUAUUCCUAAAUCUAGUUUACCAAAGAUAGAUUUAACAUCAAAAAGCUAUCAGUUAAUGAUCAAUGCAGGCAUUAUCAGCAACGUCGCCACGGGGAUGUACGCCUUUCUACCCUUAGGUUUGCGAUCCCUACAGAAACUGAUAAAUCUGAUAGACCAAGAAAUGACAGCUAUCGGCGCGCAAAAGAUUCUUUUACCAGUUCUAACGCAAACCAAUCUCUGGCAACAAACGGCGAGGCUGAAACAAGCACAGUCCGAAUUGUUUAUGCUGAACGACAGACACGGCAAAGAAUUUUUACUCAGUCCGACUUACGAAGAGUCUAUCUCGAACAUGAUAUCUCAGGUCGGACCCUUACAGCGGAAACAGUUGCCGCUAAGACUGUACCAGACAUCGAGCAAGUGGCGAGACGAAAUUAAACCCCGUUUAGGUUUGUUACGCAGCAGAGAAUUCAUCAUGAAAGAUUUGUAUACCUUUGAUUUAGAUGCCGACAGCGCGAAAUGCACAUACGAGGAGGUCAGCGAUGCGUAUAAGAAGAUUUUCGAACGAAUCGGUAUUCCGUACAAGAAGGUGAUUGCAGAUACCGGAAUAAUCGGUGGCUCGAUAUCGCACGAAUACCACUACGUGUCGGAUAUUGGCGAAGAUGUUAUUUUAUCAUGUAAAAGUUGUAAAUACGAGGUAGACAAAGUGGACGAACCGAAAACUCGUUGUCCAAAGUGUGAGGAGCCGUUGAUUUCCACAAACUCAAUUGAGGUUGGUCAUACGUUUCUGUUAGGCACAAAAUAUUCAAAGCCGCUUAAAGCAACUUUCGUAGACAGCAAUUGUAAAAAGCAAUUUUUAGAAAUGGGCUGCUAUGGUCUAGGGUUGACGCGCAUUUUAGCGACGGCUAUUGAAAUUUUGUCGACGAAUUUAGAAAUAAGAUGGCCUCUAGAAUUAGCCCCACACAGUAUUUGCGUUAUUCCUCCUAAGAAAGGUAGUAAAGAAGAAGCAAAAGCACAAUUAGCUUACGAUGUGUAUUCUACCAUACAGAAUUGUAAUUUGGACGUUAUAUUUGACGACAGAGUUGAUAUGACAAUUGGAAAACGCUUUAUUGACGCUCGAAAAACGGGAUAUCCUGUUGUGAUCAUAAUCGGCAAAAGUUGUCUAGCAGACAAGCCUUUAGUUGAAGUUCAUAAUGUAUAUAAAGCAUCUCAUGUUAACUUAGCAUUAGAAAAUGUUGUUGAGCAUGUAAAAGGUUUGUUAAAAAAGUGAUAAAAAGUAUGAUUCAUUUUUUUUUUUUUGUAUAUAUAUUUGCAAUUUUUAAUAAACCUUAAUUUAUAAUGAAAUGUAAUGCUUAGUAUUUCGUAUUAAAAUUUUCUGCAGUGAAGAAUUUUGUUAAAAUUUAAGUAGAAUAAAUUCAAGUUUUUUACUGUGAGCUAAAAUUGAUUGUACACUUACGUAACAUAACUUUUGGAAUAAAAGUUUGCUAAAAUAAAGAAA